AACAAUAUUUACUUUGUAGAAACUUUAGGUUAUGAUUCUAUCGAAGAUAAUUAAUGAUGGGAGAUAUUAAUCCUUGGGACUCAGAUUUCGAUCUGUUAGAGUCAAUAAGCAGUCACCUACUUGAAGAUAAUUUUGAAGCUUCAAUGGGCUUCACCACGGCGUUUCAGGGAAAUAAUAUUGCGCCACCUCCGGUGUAUCUCCGGAGUUCAAGCUCAAGCUUCUCAUCGGAACCGCUUGGGUUAACGAAUGGGGCUAAGCCGGAGCCUUCUGUGGAUGAUGUGUUGAUGGAAGAGACGAAUGUGGAGGGGCCUCAAUUACCCAACGCGCUGCCAAAGAUGGAGCAUUAUAGGGGAGUGAGAAGGCGGCCGUGGGGGAAGUAUGCGGCGGAGAUCAGAGACCCUAAGAAGAAUGGAAGCAGGUUGUGGCUAGGGACUUACGAGACGCCGGAGGACGCAGCCCUGGCUUAUGACCAAGCAGCUUUUAAGAUGCGUGGCUCAAAAGCUAAGCUGAAUUUUCCUCACUUAAUCGGCUCGGGUAACUUGAAGGAGCCAAUUAGAGUCAAGCCCAAGCGCCGCUCUCCCGAGCCAUCAACAUCUUCGUUCAAUAAUGGCUCUCCAAAGCGUAGAAGAUGAAAAUCAUUUACUCCUACCACUAAAAGUACCAAUAAUUAUUUCCAAUUGUUUUUUUGUUUUGUUUUUCAAUUAAGAACAAAAGAUAAGUGUUAAUGUUGCAUAGAGUUGGAAAAUUAAUGUCUUAAUUUUCCGUUUUGUUCGUAAUGUACGAUGAUAAAUUUAUCAAAGAACAUUAAUUACUGUUGAGAUUUUGGUUGUAAUUUUUUAAGCUUCAUAUAUAAGAUAAUUAU